ACUUCCGGACUAGCUCAUCAACAUUAUCGACUCAAAAGAUAGAACACCAAUUCAAUGAAACUUAAUUUAAUUUAAUAUAUAAUCAUAUACAAUGAGAAAUUUAGUAAGUUUUCAUUCGUAUUGCAAACGAGGAAAAGUUGUAUUUUCACCUUGUUUUUUAUCAAUUAUAAUUGCCUGGUCAAUUACCAUUAAUAUUAUAGCAGUGGUCGAAAUAGAUGCUGCAGACGAUGGCAACAAACGAAUUUGUAGCAAAUCAGUAAAUCCCGCGCAGCCAGAAGUUGAAAGUGAAUUUGAAGAGGUUUUGGAUACAGAAGGAGGAGUUAUAUAUCGUGAGAAAUCUAAAUAUGAAGAGAAAAGACAUAAGUGCACAUUUUUUUGUAAGUAAUUAAACUAGGCUUACUAAAUCUAUACUAUUAUUAUUAUUAAUACUUAAUACUAUUUAAAUUUAUUACUUACAAUUUACUGGGCCUGUUUGAUUGAUUGAAUGAAAUGUACUCUCUCCUUUUGCUUUAAAAAAUGUAUGUGCAAUAUCUCAUUUAUAUACAGACAUCCUUAUGGCUUAUGGACAUUUACAGACAAGUCAUUUUUGGUCAACUUUUUAUAGGCUGUCUUUUUAAUCAGUUUGCACCCCUGCUGUCGAAGAAAUUCUCCAUCUGAAAAAAAAAAACAACAGCUGAAUAGUUUAUUUCAGUUUUUUUUAUAAUUACAGGAAUACCCUGUUACCUGUUUUAGUAGAAAAUGAGAUAUUACGUUUCUCAUGCCAGUCAUGCCAUUGUAGUCAAAAAUUGUGUAAAGCGGACUUUCACAACUUUCAGCACAAGUUUGCAUAAAAUAUAAAGAUAGAAACUUAUUGGAAACAAUAAGAGGUCAUUCAUAAUGGACAUCUCAGAUUUGCAAAUUGUUGAGGGAGUAUUCAAAGGCUAUUUAGUUAUACUGCUUUAGACCCACUGCCCAUGUUCCACUAUGUUUAACCUUUUUAAAUUCUGGACAUCCUCUGUGACUGAUACAUUUGCAGUUCUCAAAAAAAGGAUAAAAUUAAACUACUAACUAAGAAGCCAGAGUAGUGAAAACUUCAUAAGUGAGAUCAUUCUAUAUAUAUAUAUAUGGUUACAAGCAAAUUAUUAAUAAAUUUAAACAAAGCAAGUAUGAGCUUUUGAUUUUUUGACUCUAGUUCUCAGUUCUGAUUGAAUUUAAUAUAAUGGUUUGUACUAUCAGACUUAUUAAGAAGUUUAAAUGUAGUGACUAUUUACUCUUUAUAAUUUAUAUUCAUUAAAUAAUUUCUUCAUUAAAUUCUCUGGCAUUUGGUUCUGUAUAUGCUGUAUGUGGACAUUUGCAACAUGGGGUUUUAGGAGGGUAUGCAAAAGGGGGACAAGGGGGGAUGGAUUGUCAAAAAGAUGAUUAUUAAUUAAAGAUGUUCUUUUUGAAUGAUCCCUAAGAUUAAAACUAUCAAACUUUCCUCAAAACUUAAAAUCCAACAAGAAAAACAAUAAUACCACACUUCAUCAGGUUAUAGUUUAAAUAAUCUAAAUUGUUUAAAGGGUAAUUGGUUAUAAGUUAUGUUAUAUUAUAUGAAAACGGUAUUGACAUUCACAUCUGUUUUGUCAUAGGUCAGUAUAAAUUAUAAAACAUUUUAGUGGGCACAGGAGAAUAAAUAUCAAAAUAACUGAGCCAAGGACAAAAAAAGUUUGUGAAACACUGGCCUCCUUUUUCCUCAAAAUGUUUUCAGAGUUCUACUAAAUCAUCUUAAUAUAAAAUAACAGUUGGGAUAUACUUAUUUUAGUAUGCUUAAAUCAUUUUAAAAAAGGCUCAUAAUAUAACUAGAAGGAGAUACAAGAUAGCAGUUAGAAGCAAUGCUCUUUCUAGUUGAGUAUUUAUUAUGUAUAUUACAGCACCAAUGCACGAGAAAAAAUUGCAUUUUACACAAAUUACUACUUUUAAGUCAAUUUUAACGUCUCUAAACUGAAUUUAUAUAUACAUAUAUAUAUAUAUAUAUAUAUAUAUAUAUAUAUAUAUGUAUCCAAAACUAGAGGAAAUAAAGGACACAAAUUUAAUAAUUUUGAUGAAAAAUAAUUUUUUCAUUUAAAUGACACUAAAAGUGAAACAUUCACAAAAUUAAAGGAAAAGACAUAUGCUGAAUGCUAGAAUUCAUGCAAAUAUAAUUUAAGCACUAUAACUAUAAGUUUUGACACAUAAAUAUAAGACAAAGAAAAAAAUUAUUUUACCCCUUACAGCACCCUGCGCGUCUUUUUGCAGUGACCUACCUUUUUCCCUGUGGCUCAAGCGCGUCUAUUUGCCACAUAGAGGGGUAUCUAAUAUAAAAAAAAAAAUGAGGAUAAAACCUUUCAGAGCAGAAUGUUUAUUAGUUAGAGGAAUAGUCGAAUUUUAUUUUGGCUUUUAAAUUAUGAAAUUUGACCAAUUACUGAGUUUUUUUUUGUGCUGAUUUGUAUUUGUUGUUUCCAUGACGCUACCUAGCGAUUUUGUUGAUUAAGACUUACUCCUACUUGAUGAAACCUUUUGUUCUGGAAACUAUUAUUGAGCUUUUAUUGGGAUUAGAUGAUUCUAAUGCUGAUGAGAAAGAGGGGGAUGAAAGGAAGUAGGUCUACUAUAGUUCGAAAUAGCUCAAACACAGGUAUUGAUUUAGAUGAAGAUUGACUGGAGUGGUGGAACAAAGAGGCCCCCAUAUCUCCUAAAACUCCUUAUAAUCCCCCAGUGUGCCAUUGCCAAUGAAAAGUGUGAACAAAACAAAUUAUGUAUAGUCGGUACUGAGGCUAUACAUAGCAAAAACGUAGGUCAGUACUAGAAGGGUUAAAAUUUCUUACGUAUGAAAUUCAAAUAAUCACAUAAUUCAUAAACAUUUUUUUAAUUUUUUCAAAAUUUAACAAUUUAAGGUAAGUUUUAACAUCACCUUAUCAUUCAACAGACAGCAAUCGGUUUCCAGCAUAUGAAGGAGGUUUGGUUAAUUGUACCUGGUACACAUCAAAAGCUUGUUGUAAACGAACAGAGGUGACAUCUGUGUUUUCAGCUAUGGAUCCCUUGUACGGUGCAUCAGUUUUGUGUCGAAAUUAUAUCAACUAUUUGAUGUGCUUCUUCUGCAGUCCUGACCAACACAAGUUCUUCAAAGCAAAUAAGUAAGCGAGAAAUUUUCAAUUUUUUUUAAUAUUUUUAUUUUUUUUUAUAUGGUGGACUCUGUACAACGCUUCGAGCUUUUGGGGAUGAAGCAUGUUUUUCAAAUAAACUCUAUUAUUAUUAUUAUUAUUCACUUUUACUUGCAAUCUGUAAUCCAGGGGUGAAAGUCAUCGAUUUUAUGUCAAUCAUUCUUCCUAAUUUCAACCUCCAGGAAAAAAAUAAUAUUAUAAUUUAAAAAUUUUCUAUUAAUCUAUAAAGAUAUCUCUUUACCUAAAUCUCAGAAUAAAAAAAUGACACUAUAGAGCAAGUAGAGACAUAUUAGUACCUAGAGGUCACCAUUAAUAAUAAGUUGUCACUGAUCAUGGCAUGAACCAGGCCUAAUUCUGUAUAAAAGUAUCAACCAAAGACUUUUAUGUAUUAAAAGUUGUACCUUUUUGGCGUAAGCAAACAAGUUAUUAACUUUUUAUAUAAUACAACAAUUGGAACCCUACUAAACUUCAGUAUUAUCUGCUUGUGUGGGAAUUCAUCGUCUGACUCAAACAGCAAUUAAAUAGACUAAUCAAAAAAGCUAAUAAUAACACAUGAAAUUAACAUACUUCACUUGAAGAACUAUUUGUAGAACAUACAAAAUUUUGGAUGAUACCUAUAUGCAUCCCAUCCGUUUCAUCACAGUAACCUAAAUCAGCUUGAUCAGCGCAUGGUUUUUAAUGGAGUCUAAAAUAUACUCCAUCAAUUUCAGAAAAGUUUCUGUGUGUCUGGAAUAUUGUGAAUCACUUUAUGAAGAAUGCAAGUCAGCUGGUUUUAAUAAAACAUUAAUUGGUAAGUUUGUAAGUACACUGAACAAAAUUGUAUAUCCUUCCUUGAACAAGUUUUCUUUCGACAUGAAAUUUCUUUUUCCUAAGUUGUUUGUUUUAGUUUUUUCCCCAGAGAUUUUAUGUCAUAUCAUUUAACUCAAAGGAUUCUAAUUUAACUUUUUUUUUUUUUUAAAGUUUAAAAAAAAAUUUUGACUGACAAAUACAUAAUUUUGAAAAGACAUUUAACUUUUGGUUUUGCUUUUAAAAUUGUUAGUAUUGGAAAACAUAUUUUGCAGAAAAAAUUGCUUAAAAAUGUAUUCAUCGACACUGAAUAAUAUUUGAGUCAAAGUUAUGUCCCUAGAGCUAUUUCACCUUCGUGAUACACAUGUAGGAGCUACAUCUGUUAGUGUCACUGCUCUGCCUUUUAACCUCUCUAAUUUCUAUGUCUUGAAUAUAAUAAUGAACAAAUUAUUUAUUUAUUGAUAGAUUUCACUGAAAAUUAAAAAUCAGAUAUUGCCUUGACAUUCUAAUUUUAACGUUUACAGGUAAUUUAUGGAAUAUCUUAAUCAUGAAAUGCUGAAUGCCAAUUACACAUACAAAAAAUUAUGCUAUCCAGUUUUAAAAUUUGAAGCUAUGCACAAAAUUGCUUUUAAAAAAUUGCCUUUCCAAGAUAGUCUACGAUUUCAGUAGUUUAUUUAAAAUUAAUGAAUACAAUAUUAUUCAACAGGUGAAGCCUACACUAACGGAACUGCAUUUUGUGCUGCACAAAAUUUUGAAGUAGCAGAAAGUGCUGACUGUUUCAAAUUUGAUCCCAAUGUGUUUGGUUAUUCCACUUACCCUGUACCUUGGCCAGCACUGCUUAUCUUUCUUCUUUUUUUGGGGCACCAGGUUGUACAAUAAAAUUGAUCUUACUGGAGCUUUUGCUGGCAACUGAAUAUAUUGUUGUUGUUUUUUUUAAAUGUAAAAAAAAGUUGCAGUUAUUGUUUUAUUAAAUAGUCUUGAGAAUAUGCACAUUUUAAUUAUUUUUUUAAAAAUUGUUUUUCAUAUAUAAUUAUUAUUCAUAGACUUAAAGCUAAUACUUUCGGAAAUCCAUAGUCAGAGGCUGAAAACCUUAUUACGGCCGGGCAGAUGCAUUCUCCAUAAAGCUAGUCCCUGAUUUCAUGCAAAACCAUAGCAGGGCAUGCUAUGAUGUGGUCUUUCUGUCAUGUUUCCUUAGGAUCCUCAAUUACAAAUUAGGGGAUGUGAUGGUGUUUUAACUAAGCUUUCUACCAACCCACCCCAUUUCACCUAUGGAUGGGCAGCUGGGAUAGAUAGUUUAUUGACCCAGGACACAUGAUAUGCUUUAAUUAUUGCCCCUUAUCCAAGCUGAGCAUUUAAAUCUUAAAUACCGAGUAAGAGUCCAUUUGUUAAAUUAUUAUUAAAGGGGUCUUAUAUAGAGCUGUACCCCAGCCUAGGGCUAAGCUCACAGCGCUUUGCAUAAAAAUUAGCGAAAAGAAAAAAGAAACAUGGAAUUAAAAACCAGUUACAUAGAAUUAUUCAUUAAAAAAAACAGCUGAGUAAAAAUAUUGACCUUGCCCACCCAAGUACUAUUGACCCCUUUCUAGCCAUGGACGGCAACCAGCAGCAUCAAGCAUUAUUUAUUGGUCAGAUGGGGGUGAGAAUGAGUCGUAGGAGUAGAGUUUGAAGAGCUGUGUCUUGAGUGCAGUUUUGAAGGCUUGGAUGGUCGAUAUAUUGCGGAUGUUUAAUGGGAGAGAGUACCAUUGUUUGGGGGGUUCAGAAAGAGAAAUAUCUUUCACCGUAUGUUGGAAACAGAAAAAAUAUGCGUGUCUGAGGAGGAAUGAAUCUGUCGAAGGGGUGAAUAGACAGAAAGACGUUCAGUAAGAUAUGAAAGGCAUGAUCCAGAGAAAAAGUUGCGACAGUUGUGUAAAGGGAGCCAAUGAAGUGAGUGAGUAGUGGAGGUACGUGAACACAUUUCUUUGCCUUAGAACUAACCUAGCAGCUGAGUUUUGAACUUUUUGCAGUUUUUCUAUGAAGUGUUUUGGCGAACCUGACAGAAGAGAGUUGC